AUGGAUAGAGCUAUAAGCCGUUGCAAUUCUAGAAUGCUAGCUUUCAACAAUAAAAAUCCAUCAGAGACUGUCAAGAAAAAUCAAAUAACUAAAUUACUGGCGCAAGUAGACGGUAUCAUUGCUGAUAAUGGAAAUCAACCUUAUUCCAAUGAUUUGUUCACAAAAGCUCAGAUGAUGACAUCGCAGUGUAUUCACAUAAAAGACAAGGAAAAAACAUAUGUAGAACAGAUCAAACGAUUAAACGAGAUGAUGGAAAAGAACGCGCUUGCAAUGGAAGAGAGAGUGCGAGCUGUAACAGCAGAAUUAGAAAAGCAAUUGAAAUCUGCGCGGUCUGCACGGGAAGCGGCUGAAGAAUCAGCAUUGGCAGAAAAGAAGAAAUUAGAUUCUAUAAGAGCAGAUUUAGAACGGCAAUUGGAAUCUGCACGCUCUGCACAGGAGGCAGCUGCAGAAUCAGCAUCGGUAGAAAGGAAGAAAUUAGAUGCUAUAAGAGCAGAAUUCGAACGGCAAUUGGAAUCUGCGCAGAGACCACAGGAUGCGGCUGAGCAAGCAGCAUGGCUAGAAAGGAAGAAAUUAGAUGCUAUAACUGAAGAUCUUGCAAACCAAUUGAAGAAUUGGCCCCUGCGCCCAUGCUCAAUUUUGUGA